AUGGCUGCUUCUACGAGGUCAGCACGGCCCAAGCCUGUGGAUUGGCCGACUCCACCUCAUUUAACUCUCUUUAUUCGCAAUUUAAAGCUACUCUGUCUAGACCAGCGCGAGGAUUGGCCUGGCAUUACACUCCGCUCCUUAUCGCUCUCCUCUACGAACCAGCGACAACGCAUCCGGUUGAUAGAAUGGGCUCUUUACUAUCUGUUUGCUACCUUGGAUCCAGAUGGUACCCAAAAUAAACUUCGUCCCUUUUUCCCACCGCUAGAACCCCUACAAUCCGUCAACCUCCGCGCUGCUUUUUUCCGUGCUCUGUCUGAGCUUAAAAAGAAUGGCGACCUGGGCCGUGAGACAAUUCUCCGCAAGACAAUGCUGGAUGAUUGUAAGGGCGAGAAAUUCGACGAGCUACUUGCUGUUUUCUCAACAACAGUUCUGCGCAAGCUACUCGCAGCAUCUGUGCCAGGGACACAAUGGACCGCCGCUAUGAAGCUGUCUGCAGCUACCUCCAUAUCUCCCGGAGAUUAUCAAAACAUAUUACCGCUGAUUCUCGCCCACCAAGUUUCUCUUGGUGCGACAGGGGCUCGUCACGCACGCGUACACGAAGCUUACGACCAGUUCUCGCAACUGUUGGAUCGCAAGAAGACUGAGCUUGCAGAGCAGGCGAAAAAGGAUCUGACACAAGACUUGAGCCAAAUGCAACUCGAGCCGGAGACUUUGACACGUGAGCUUCGCGCCAAUUGGUUGGGAAGUGAGGAGUGGGCUGCUACACUGGUUGAUGGGGGAGCGCAGAGCAGCACGGAUUCUUUCUUAGAACUUCCAUUCUCCCGCGCUUGGGCUCUCGCCGCUGAUUUAUCUGUGGAUAAACUCCGUGGGGGGGCACGAGUGCUACGGCUUCGGAACCGAGUGCGCAGGUGGCAUGAGUUUAAUGAGUCGCUUCGCAAAGAGCGGGAUGCAAAUGGGUCUGCUACCGGCCCGAAAUCUAAGGAGCCCCGUCUACUGUUCCGUGAUCAUCAGUUUCUUACGGUGGCGAGCAUUUCCAAGGCCGUACGACAGCCUACGGACCGCGGGCGGACUAUGAAUUCUGUGGAUAGAUCUUUUGUUUCGAACGUUAAUGAGGCUAUUGCACGUAUCAAUGGGAAACCUCGAAAUGGAUUUGGGCGUGCCGCAUCAGCGUAUUCUAUGGAAAUUGAUACAUCAUCAUCGAACUCAAAACAAGGGUCCAAUUACCAAACUACAGCGCCGAGAUCCCCAGACAAGAUAAAGGCUUCUGUACCUCGGACAACUUCCGAGCCAAUUGAACAAAGUCCAGAGCCAGAGUCUAUCCAAGCUUCACCUCUCAUUGUUCGUCUUUCUCCUGACCAAAGUCCAAUUACCGAAGAUGAACCAACCUUCGAACCCAUGAAAAUGAAAUCCUCGACCUCGAGCUACACCCUGAUCGAGCGCACUCGAAGAUCCAUGUCUCUUAUCCCACCUCUCCCAGCACAUGAAACACCUCCCCAGCACCGUCUACGGCGCGGCCCGAGAAGCUCAUUUCCAGUGAACCAAUUCGAGACACCCCGGAAGUCAUCCGGACCCCAUGGACGAUCCGGCGCCUCUACCCCACAGGAUAAACUCUUUGAAGACGGUGCCGAAUAUAACAGUGUCUUUAAAUCGCGCCCGCGUGUCGCAAAUAGCCCCAUAUCAUCUCCGGCAGUACAUGCUAGUCAUUUGUUUGAUGAAGAUGAAUUCGACCUGGAUCAGAGUGGUGCAGGAUGGGGAGACGUGGAUUCUCCCUUGACUACAUCCAGAUACAGGUAG